AUGGAGAUAAUAGAAAAUUAUAGAAAAGCUUCAGGGCAAGAGGUUAAUCUAGCAAAGUCUUCCAUCAUGUUUGGUAAGAGUGUCUUGUCUGACAUAAGAACUCAGUUAAAAUAUGUUAUUGGCAUUUCUACAGAAGGCGGUAUGGGUUCUUAUUUGGGUAUUCCUGAGAAUCUACAUGGCUCGAGAACUAAGGUUUUCAGCUAUGUUAACGACCGUCUUGAUGAUCGUGUGAAUGGUUGGUCUGCAAAAUAUUUAUCGAAAGGUGGCAAAGAAGAGCUGACGUCAAAACUAACAAGUGCUAUUGCACGAUUCUGGUGGAAGUCUAAUGAUAAGGCACAGGGCUUGCACUGGGUAGCUUGGGAUAAAAUGUGUAAGGGUAAAUGUGAAGGAGGGGAAAGGGUGGUGAUAGGCUCUGGUUGUAAUACUUAUGUAUGGAGAGAUCCUUGGAUACCGGAUAACCCACCGAGGCCAGCUACUGGUCGUGGGAAAGUGUUACACCCUAAUUUAAUGGUUAACCAUUUAAUUAACCCAAUUACUAGGGAAUGCCAUUUGCCUAUUCUCGAGGAGUUCAUGGAUCCGGAGGAAAUCCCGAUUAUUCUUAGUUUGACGGUUAGUAAAUCCUUUAAACCGGAUAGAUUAAUUUGGCAUUUCACAAAAACAGGGAAAUAUUCAGUUAAAUCAGGCUAUCGGCUUGCACGAGAUUUGAUUAAGGAAGUUGAGUAUGAAUCGACGUGUGCCGACCUUAGGGCACAAGCCUGGAAACUUGAAGUUCCUCCGAAGAUUCAACAUUUCUUCUGGCAUAUAGCUUUCGGUUCUCUUCCAGUGAUGGAACGGCUUGCUCAUCGGGGUACCACUAGGGAUGGGUUCUGUCUCUAUUGCUUCUUUGAACUUCUGGUCCAAAUCUUGUUGGUCUUAGAAUACGACGAUUUUCAUGAGCCUUUUGACCCGAAUGUGACAGAUCUCAUCAACGGAAUAGGCAACAUCAAGAUCCUUCAAUUGACUUCUUCUGCUGUUGAGGUUAAAGGUGUGAGAGACCUACCUCUUGCUCUUCCAGAAACGGAGAAUCUGUUAGAUGGUUUCCGGGAUCCUGAUUUUCACGCAUUAGUGACUAGUCACUUUCCCAAAUGGCCAUGUGGACGUGCAAGGAUUGAAACUGACCCAGGAGGCAGGACCUAA